AUGUCGGGUUCAUUCACUAAGAAUAAUUCUCGGUUGCCAUAUUUGAAAGAAAAAUCAGAACCGAUGAUUUUUGUUUCCAAUCCAAAGUCCGAUAAGAACAACAUACGUUCAAGAUAUAACAGGUCAAAUAUUCCGACUACAUCAACAUCGAAUCCUACUGAUUUUAUUGUUAAUACGAGUGGUUUUCAAUCAAAUGAUAAAUAUAAUGAUAUUCGUUUUGUCAAUCGAAAUAAACAUAAUUGUAUACAAAUUAUUCUUAUGGUUGUCGCUGCUCUAUUGUACCUACUUGAUACAUUGAGAGCUUAUAUACCAUCAGCACUACAAAAGGAUUCUAAACUCUGGUCGAUUCUUGCAGUACGACCUAUUACACGCGUUUACACAUCAGAUUUACGACCGAGUGUACUUAUUGAAACUUUGGCAUUUCGUUUGAUAGAAAACUGGCAGACACUUUGGUUGAUUUAUAUCUUAUCGUUUAUUCCAAGACGUUGUCAUUUUGGAUAUCUUUAUCGAAAUUUGAAUAUAUUUAAUUCAUUAUUUUGUUUUUUUCUCAUUGUUUCACUUUUACUUCAAAUCGUUAGUCAACUGUCUCUAUCAUCGGAUAUAUCUUGUGCAUGUUUAUAUCUUAGUUUCAUUCUUCUCUGUGUGGCUUGUCGGUUCGCUGCAGUAAAAUUAUUAAAAUCUGAAAAGAUAUAUGCCUCAACAAACUUAUCAAUAGAUUUAGCUAUUGUACGGCAUUUUAUUUUGAAUAGUCUUUUUCUCUAUACAACAUCCAUUGCCUAUACAACAAUGUGCGCUACGGUUGAAUAUGUUGGUACGCAUAUGGACCGCGAUGUUGGAUUACCAAUAUCGCUUAGUAUUGGUACAACGAUUGGCUUAUCGAUUAUAUUAUUUCUUUUGAUCGUUUAUUUUAUUUUGGAUUUAUUUUUUUAUAAAAAUGAAUUUCGGUCAAUAUGGACACCUUAUUUGUUUAUUGUCUACAUUUUCAAUGGUUCAACAUUACGUCAGUUAUCAUUUCUUGAAACCGAUAAUAUGUCGAAUGAUUUGAAUUAUUAUUUAUGCGGUGCAUUAUGUUGCAGUACAUUAUUAAUCAUGAUAAUACUAUUGUGCAGACAAAUAUUUGUUAAAUGUUGUAGAAAAAUGAAGAAAGCACCUACUAGCUCACAAGCUGUUUCAGAAACAGAAGUUCAAUAA